AUGAGAGUUAAGGAAAUUGAUCGGACUGCCAACAUGGCCUGGUCCCCAGAGAACAAAUACCCCAUAUAUGUGGCUGCGGGGACAGCAGCACAACAGCUGGAUGCCACCUUCAGCACAUCAUCAACUAUUGAACUGUACAGUUUAAACCUUGAUGAGGCCACCCUGGAUAUGCCACUGGUGACAUCCGUUGCUUCUGAUGCAAGAUUUCACAAAAUUGUGUGGGGUCCGAUGAAAGACACAGAAAGUGGGAUGAUCAUAGGAGGCGCUGAGAAUGGUGUUGUUCAAGUUUACAGUGCUGAUGAUAUGCUGGCUGGCUCACAGGACUGUCUCAGUGCUGAACUCAAGAAGCACACUGGGGCCGUGAAGGCUUUGGAUUUAAACCCCUUUCAGCCCAAUUUGCUGGCAUCUGGAGCUACAGAUUCAGAGAUUUUUGUUUGGGAUCUUCUUAAAACUGAAAGUCCAAUGACACCAGGACAGAAAUCACUUCCAGCUGAGGAAAUAGCCUGUCUUGCCUGGAAUCGCCAGGUCCAGUAUAUCCUUGGCUCCACAUUUGCAUCACGCUGUGUGGUGUGGGAUUUGCGUAAAAAUGAACCUAUUAUCAAAGUCAGUGACAGCAUGUCUCGGAUAAAAGCCAAACUUCUGGCCUGGCACCCUGAGGUGGCUACCCAGCUGUGCCUGUCAUCAGAGGAUGACCACACCCCUGUCAUUCAAGUAUGGGACUUGAGAUACGCCACGUCACCGCUGAAAGUGCUGGAAAGUCACCAGAAAGGUGUAUUGUCAAUAGCUUGGUGUCAGCGAGACCCUGACUUGUUGCUGAGCUGUGGGAAAGAUAGCAGAAUUCUCUGUUGGAAUCCAAACUCGAAUGUUCCCAAUGGAGAGGUGGUGUAUGACCUGUCAACCAACACCCAGUGGUGUUUUGAUAUCCAGUGGUGUUCUAGAAAUCCAGCGAUCAUUUCCAGCGCAUCAUUUGAUGGCCAUAUCACACUGUACUCACUGUUAGGAGGUGGCCAUCCCAUUCGUCCUAGCAAUAAGGUUGCAGAUGCUUUUGGUGGUGAUCAGUUCAGUUCUGCCCCAAUUCAGGUUCCUCAUGAAGAAGAAAAGGUUCUACCACUGCAAAAACCUCCCAAGUGGAUUAGGAAACCUGUUGGUGCUUCAUUUGCUUUUGGUGGUAAGUUGGUCAGUUUUGGUCUCGAUAAGCCGACCCAGCCCCAGCAGCCGGUGCCCCGUACCGUCACCAUCAGCCAGGUUGUAACAGAGACAGAGCUGGUUGUGCGAUCCAACCAGCUGCAGCAGGCUAUGAAUUCAGGACAGUUCUCUGAAUUCUGUGCAAUGAAAGCUGCUAACAGCAAUGAUCUGAUGCAGGAAAAUAUGUGGAACUUUAUGAAGGUCAAUUUCGAAAGUGAACCUAGAACCAAAUUUCUCCAGCUGCUGGGUUACGAUCAGGCUGAAUUAGCACGGAAGGUUAUAGAACACACAGGAACCGAGGUAUCAGCGACUACAAGCCGUGGAAUUGAUGCCCAGGAGCUGGCACAGAAGAUGUCUCUACUGAAUGCUGGGAGCACAGUAAAAACAGACAGGCUGACUGCCAGUGGUCGAGCAUCCCCUAAUGUUGGAUCUAAAACUCCCGUAGAUCAGCUGGAUGACCUGUCUGAUGCAUCUGCAGCCUUUGAUGAGAUCGCUGGAUCUGGAUCUGUGGGCAAGAUGUCCGGGACUGAGACACCUUUAGUCAUACCAACAGACAACGCUGAUGGUCUCAUGACUCAGGCCAUUCUGACCGGGAACUUUGAGGCGGCUGUCGAGAUGUGCCUCAGUGAGAACAAGAUGGCUGAGGCUAUUAUGCUGGCUAUAGCUGGUGGUCCAGAACUGCUGAUCAGGACACAGAAGAAAUACUUCCAGAGAAACAAGUCCACCCUGGGAAGGCUGAUCUCUUGUGUUGUUACGCACGACUGGGGUCAUAUUGUGGAGACCUGUGACCUGGACAACUGGAAGGAAGCUCUUGCUGUAGUACUCACCUAUGCUCUUCCAGAAGAGUUCUCACCUUUAUGUGACACUCUUGCCCAAAGAUUGGAAUCUGAGAGAAAUGGAGCAUUAUCUUUGUAUGCAAGUCUUUGCUAUAUCUGCUCUGGAAAUGUGGAGAAGUUAGUGGAAAACUGGAUACGCAAUACGGAGGAUCCCAACAGACCACUGGCUUUACAGGAUUUGGUGGAGAAAGUCAUGAUUCUGCGCAAAGCUGUGGAACUGUCACGUGGUUCUGCACCGGGUGUGAGCGGUGGAGUACUUGCUGACAAGCUGAGCGAGUACGCUGGCUUGCUUGCUGCUCAAGGAAGCAUUGCCACUGCUUUGACCUACCUAAACAACACUUCAGAUGAAAAGCUAGCAAUUCUGCAAGACCGCUUGUCUCGGGCCCUGGGCACUGCCGUACCAGGAGCACCAACUCCAUUUGCAAAAUUGAAUAUUUUACCUGAAGGGGCCAACCCAAAUGUGGGUCAAGUUCAACAGCCACAAGUCACAAAAAAUGUGCCAGCUUCCAGGAACACCUCGGUACAGCCAGGAGUACAACCAGUAUACCAGGGGUACAAUACAGCUGGAACCGCACAGGCAGCCUCCAACACAACCACCACCAACUAUUACACACCGAAUCAGUAUAACUUUACACAGCCUGCAGCACCUAUCAGCUCCCAGACUCCUGCUUACACACCCCAGCAGCCAGAAAUUGCAUCUACUACAGUUGCUUCUGCUCACAAAGGUUUGUCUCACAAGUACCCCCACAACCCUGCAUCACUAUCUGCCUAUGGAGUUGACACCUACUCUGGACAAAACUACAUUCAGCCUGGCUACACACAGCAACCUUCGUAUGGGAAUCAGCAACAAUCCUAUUACAGUCCAAAUGCUUUGUCUUCAUCAAACGCCCAGCAGAGCUACUAUAACCCUGUGAGUGCUGCUAGUCCUGCAGUGAACCCCUACACACCCAGCCCACCGGUACCUCAGCCAGGCCCAGCCAUGUAUUCUUAUCAAGACAAGCAAGCAGAGACAGCCUGGAAUGAUCCUCCACUAGUUCAGGAGAAACCCAAACCUGCCCAGACCACAGCUUUCAACAGCCCAGUCCACAACUUGUUCACACCACAACAGCCUCACUCAGAUCACGGACCUCCCGGGGGCCCUCUGUAUGCCGGACUGUACAACCCUGCUGAACACCAAUCUACCCCACAGGUAGCUCCCUACUCCAGCCCUGCCUACGGGGGUUACAACCAGCCCACCAUGACACCGCAGGUCAGCACACCGGUACAGCCAAAGCAAACAGCUCCAGUUCCUGAACCUUCCAAGCCAGUUCCUAAGGGCCCUAUCGCCCCAGAGCAUCUAGUUCUGCAGGAUGUGUUCGACAAGUUGGUGAAAAGUUGUUCUCAGAUUGCUCCAAAUGCUCAAAUGAAACGCAAGCUGGAGGAUGUAGCUAGAAAAUUAGAGAUCUUAUAUGACCGCCUGAGGGAGAACCAUCUGUCCCCGAGUGUACUUCAAGGCUUGCAUCAGAUCGUCCAGGCCAUACAGCAGUAUGACUACAACUCUGGCCUGACCACCUACACUGCCAUGGUGUCUCAUAGCAACUUCUCGGAGAUCUCCAACUUCAUGCCGUCUAUCAAGGUUCUUAUGCAGUCAGCUGCUCAGAUGCAGGUGUAUCUGCAGUGA